ACAUUAGAACAUAAAUAUCACGUGACAACAUGGCGUCUACAUAAACAUUUGAACUGAUUUUUUUUAGGAAAAGCCCAUCUAUUUUAAGGCAAUCGGUAAAGAUGAAUGUAAUCAAAGCGAAGUAUAUUGAUUACGUUUGUGGCGAUUCUUCUCAAUAUCAGACAAACUAUCGGGAAAUUUUAAUAAGAAAUUAUAAGCAAUUUGCUCGGACUACCAUCUUAAGUGGUCGCCUAAGUCGAUUUUCUCUGGACGUAUUCAGACAGUUGGAAUUUAAUAGCAAAUUGUCACCAACCAAAGUUGAAAAGGCUCUUUCUUAUAUAGAGCAAUACGCCAUUAGAUUGUUACAACGUCCAAGCUUUCGCGAUUUCGAGGAGAUAAAAAUUUAUAACGGUUUCUUUCAACUCAAUAUUGUAUCUGUAAUUGGUGAUUGCUGGGAAGAAUUUUUUAAAAGAAUGGGCUAUAAAAAAGGAAUAGACCAUAAUAUGCUAGUUUUAGACUAUAGGCCCUUAACCGAAGAUAUUGCUGAAGUUGCUUUUGAUGCAUUGGUACUAUCCUUAGAAUUUAAUGCAAUAAAUAAUCUCAUUGAACAGACUGGAAAAGAUAUUUUCUCAUUAACUGACAUCUUACGAGCAAGGCAAGAAAACGUUGGAGAUUUGGUGACUUGCGAUAAAUGGUUGCAAAUGACUUGUACGAGAAAGCCAAAGUCAGAAGCGUUUACAGUAUCUAAACCGAAAUCGAGAGAAGGAUCUGUAAAUUCUAAUAGUUCUGAAUGGGAAGACGUUUACAAAGACUUGAGAAAUCGCUAUGGUGACAAAUACUACGAAGGUGAAAGGGGUGACUUUUUAAAAAAAUCUACAGAAAAUAUCGACACAACAACCUGCUCCCAACCGGUACAGGAAAGCACUGAAAUUCGACAAGGUUUACUAGCAGCUUAUUUAGACGAUCAUGGCCAACUAGAUAGUUUAACUACAAUGAGAGUUGGUAAUGUUGGUACUCAAAAGAUUAAAACUAAGCCAGAUAUUCAUCAGUAUUCUAGUUAGUUUGUGCAUUUAUUUAUUUAUUUGUUUUUUUUUUCUCACCUCUUCCAUCCCUUUUUCUAUACAAAAAAAGAAAUUGCUUCAACAACAGCAGCAACAAAACAAUAAUAGAUAAACAUCUGUAUUAUCUACCUAGUCAUAUUUUCUAACUCAAUUAAUAAGAAAUGAUAAAAAAAAAAAGAAUAAUGUUCACUUUCAAAUGUUCAUGAUGUGAUAAAAUGGUUAGGCUGAAUUUUUUGUUAAGUUAUUUAAUCUCUUGGUUACAAUUUAUAAAAUAAUAACAAUACAAUGCACACGAAUUGAUAAAUCUAUAUAUACUGUAUAUUUAUAACAGUUAACUUAUAAAUUAUCUUCAUUCUUUACCUGUUUAUUUAUAAACCAUUUCCAAUAUUCACAUUUUCACAAAGUUAACAAUUACUAUUAAACGAUAGAUGGCAGAUAAUGAUUGAGGGGGAGGGAACGGGGAACAGUUUAUUCCCUUCUAUUAACAAACAAAAUUACAUUACUAACUAAAUACUGUCUUUUUUAUUAUUGAAACUAUAACUAAUUAUCAAUUGGUUAGUCGAAAUGUUUACCAUUGAUGAAUACUAUUCCAACAAAAAUAUGUUGAUAUCAAGUAAGAAGAAACUCCAUCUGUCGGUUACAAUUUCAAACAUUUAAAUUACACAAUUAGUGUUUCAACAGCUGAAAACAAUAAUAUCACAAACAAUAAUUUACAAUCCAUAGACCAAUUUAUUCGUAUCAGAAAGAGUAUUUACUUAAUAAAUAUUCAAUAUUUUAAUAUUUUAGAUUAAAUAGACUAACAAAUAUAUAUAUAUAUA